CCCACAGCCACGUCAACGUGGUUGGGUCGUCCACGACAAAGGUGUACUGGCAUUCCCUCCCCUGUCCCAGCAGCUGUGCUCCUGGUCGCUCGUCGGCUUUCGAUGGUGCACACGAGUGCGGUCUUACCCGCUUUCCUCCACACUCCUGGCAGCACUGGCACCCAUGUUGCUUUCGUCGCGCAGCAGACCGUUCAACGCGAGCGGCGGUCGUUAGCCCCGAAGCUUUCCACGAGGUCACGGGCGCCCGUUACCCGACGUCCGCAAGCACCGCGCGACAUCGUCAGCAGCGAUGGCGCCAGCGGCAACGCCAGCGGCGGUGGCGGCAUUGUCAUUGGGCCCGCGGCCGGGCAUUCCGAGGAGCAGGUGGCAUGGCUAGGCCGCUUGGAUUACUACGGAGGCAGGCAAAUGUGGAGGAAGGCGGAGGACAAGUUUCAGCAGAUGCAAGACGAGGGAGUCUACCCCACGCUGCCUCUGUGCAACAGCCUGAUGGAGGCCUACCUUAAGGGAAAGCGGUACGUGAAUGCGGUGGCAUUCCUGGAGGAUCUGUGUCUCGGCAACAUCCUCUCCGACGUGGCGCACGACGGCUUGCGAGGCGCCAAGGUUUCCCCCUCCGCCAGCGGCGGCAGCAGCAGCAGCGAAGAAGCUGGCGGAACAGCGGUAGCGACCGCACCCAUCGUGCCCAACCUCCGAACGUUCAACCUCGUCCUGGCCACCCUCGCGUCCGCCGGAAAGUGGAAGAAGGCUCUGGACGUAUCGGCGCCGAUGAGGGCGGGGAAAGACCCCGCCGCCGCCUCCGCCGCCUCCGCCGCCUCCGCCGCUGCCGCCGGUGGGAGGGGGGGGGGACGGGGACGCGGAGGCGGUGGAGGAGGCAGGGGCAAGGGGGACAUGGCGAGGAACGCGGUGAAGAGCGUCGCCGGGGGACUAACGGCGGACGCGGAGACAUACACGCAUCUUAUCGUUGCUUGCGGCAAGGGCGGAGAGCCCGAUAGGUCGCGCCAGCUCUUCGACGAGAUGCGGAGCAGGGGCAUCUCCCCCCCCGCGGAGACGACGGCGGCGCUCAUCAAGGCCCUCGCCAAGGGCGGCCGGGGCUCCUCCGAGGCUCUCCGUCUGCUCGGCGACAUGCGGGCGGCGUCAGCGGCGGCGGCGCGGGGCGGUGCUGCGGGCCGCAGCGGAGGCGUGUACCUGGGGGAGGGUAUGCCCUCCGAGGGGAUGGAGGCUGCUGCCAGGAGGAAGAGUGAGGCGGCGGCGCAGAGUCUUGGGUUCGAGGGCGCGAUAGAGGCGUGCGCCGCGAACGGGGAGUGGCAAAAGGCGGUUUCCCUGCUGGACGAGAUGCGCCAGGCGCGGAUGUACCCGGAUGCCCGGUGCUACGGGAACGCCAUGCGAGCCUGCGCCGCGGGGGGCAACUGGCAGCUGUCCCUGGCCCUGCUAAACACGAUGAAAAAGGAAGGCGUCACUCGCACCGCGUUCAACUACAACAUCGCCAUGCAGGCGUGUCGAAAAGCGGAACGCAACAAGAAGGCAAUAUCCCUGCUGGACGAGAUGGAGAAAGACGGAGUCGCCCCGGACAUCGUGACGUACAACACAUGCGUUACCAUCGCGGGCCAGGCCGGGCGGCUGGACCAGGCUCUCGAGCUGCUCAGGAGGGCUAGCGAGGAGGGGGGGCUAGAGCUCGACGUGGUGAGCUAUCGGGCGGCCUUGGGGGGACUCCGCAGGGAGAAGCGGUGGGAAGCUGCCGUGAAGCUGCUGGGGGACAUGCAGCGCCGUGGACUUGGGCCCGACGAGGUGUGCACGGCCAUGGCCAUGAACACGUGCGUGGCCGCACAGCAGCCCCUCCGUGCCCUUGACCUCUUCAGGGACAUGCGGGACGUUGGCAGGGUUUUCCCCAGGAUUUCCUCUGUGACCGCCCUGCUUGAGGCCCACGCGGCGCUUGGGCGGUGGGAGGACGCAUUGGUAGAGCUGAGAGCCCUCAGCGCCUCCGGGGUGAAGCCCGACGGAAGGGCGAUCGCGUUCGCUAUGGCGGCAUGCAACGCCGCCAGGAAGUGGGAGCAGACGAUCAGCCUUUACCACUACGCUCUCAAGAUGGGGAUUGAAAGCUCUAUGGAGGGGCUCGUUCUCGUGGCUAGGGCCUACGGUGCCGGGAAGGACUGGCAGGCUGUCCUAGGAGUUCUUGCCACCGCUGAGGAGGCUUGCUCUUCCGCCGCGGCGGACGCGGUGGCAACGGCGGCGGCUAACGAUCGCGGUGGGGAAAGAGCGGCGGCGGUGUCGGCGAUAAGGCAUCCGCCGGCCGAGCUGUACGAGGUGGCGGCGAGAUCGCUGGCGCUGGCGGGCAUGUGGGAGGAGGCGGCCAGUGCCGUCAGGAGGCUAGAGAAGCUGUCGCCUCGCAAGGCCCGAGAGGGAGCCGGCGCGGCAGCAAGGACGUCCGCCGCGGGCCUCGGGACCUACGAGAUGAUCCUUGGCGCCGCUCUGGCCGCCGGCUGCUUCGAGGCCGUCCUGGCGCAGGCGGACGCUGCCCGUGCCGCCCUUAGGGACGCGUCCUCCUCGUCCUCCUCUUCGUCGGAGUACGACCAAGGGGCCAGUCGAGGCGGCGGUGGCGGCGUUCGCGAGCUCAACCCCGCAGCGCUGGCCCACGAGGCCGCCGCCGCCGGUCGCCUCGGGCAGUGGGACCGCUUGUCCCCGAUGCUGGCGAAGGCGAUGAGGUCUCCCGACCUGAGAGGCGUCGCCGGGUCCCGCCUCUACACGGCGCUCAUCACUGCGGCGGCCGCCUGCGGGAAGCCCAGGCGCGGGCUGGAAGUGUUUCAGGAGAUGGUGGAGGAGUCGCGCUCGGGCGGCGGCGGCGGUGGCGCGGGUGGGAACGGAGGCGGGGUUGAUGCUGCCGUGCUCGGGGCUGCAGCCGCGGUAGUGUCAGGCGGCGGCGAGUGGAGCGAUAGCAUCUUCGGGGAGGACGGUACCACCGAGGGGGAGGCAAUGGAAGGAGCUUUUUCGCGAAGCGGCGGCGGCGGCGGGGAGCGCAAGCUGCCGCCGCCCGACGGCGCUACCUUCCUGGCCGCGCUGGAAGCCUGCGCCGCCGUGGGCGGUGAGGAGUCGGUAACGCUCGCCAUCGGCGUCACGAAGGACGCCGCCGCCGCUGCGAGGGAGUUCCAACGGCCAGCAGACGGCGGUGGCGGGGGGGACGCGAAGAAGCCGAGGCUCUCGAGUCGGCAGCUGGCGGCGGUGCUGUCGAAGGCCGGAGAGGUCUGCGCCGCCGUUGGGAAGGAGUCGACCGCGCUAGCUCUGGCCGCGAAAGCGGAGCAGCUCGUCGGCGAGGCGGAGGCGCCGGAGGGGCCGGGUGCGGAUAGACCCUAGAUGAUUUUGACAUGGGGUAGCAGGCGCAGGGGCGGUGCUCGGUAGGCUGACAGGCAGGCUUCUACGGUCGGUGGGUAGACUUUCUCGCCUCUAAAAAGUGCUACAACAGCGGCACUAAGGCAGUGUAGGUGGUAAGCUCUCGUGUAUGCCGUAGCUGGCGUGUCCCGGACUGAUAUCGACGGAUAGCGAGAUUUUGUUUUCUUUUUGUAGCAAGAAGACCGAACAUGACAGCUGUGAAAGUGCAAGGAAAAGAAGUUGUGGAGGCAGAAAGAAAACACGUCGACGGCGGGGUCAUUUGAAGGGACGCGCCUGACGGGGUGGUUGUCGUUGGAGGUGGGGAACGAGUGGGCUGCUUGCUCAAAUUCGUGCCGAACAAGCAGUUCGAUAUAUCAUCAUGCCUUCUUUUUAAGAUCCGUUUCGACCGCGGUAGACAGAGGAGCACCUUGUUCAUGGACAACAAUAUCGUGCACCACACGCCCCUGUGUGCUCCUGGGCGAGCUCGUGAACCAGAAUCAACCAGGUAUUCCUGUGUGCUUAGGUGUUCCCAAAGUGGGACUCCCCCACCCCAAGAACGCUAGCUCUACAACAUACCUGGAGAUCGAGCGCGGUAGCAAUAGCACCUUCUUUGCUCAAGCCCGCCAAAAGCUCAAACGGUUCGUCAUACGUACAGGGCUAUUGUCACGGCAGACAUCGGAACCCCCCACACCGACACCAGCAGCAAGUAGCCAGCAGCAACAACCGCAACGAGAUCAAAACACCAGCAAAUGGCUAGAGAAUUUUCGCGUCGCCUCUUCUUUUCUUGCAGCUGAUUGUUUGCGUUGCAGUACCGCCAGUGUGGGUGUGCGUGUUUUCGUCCUAUGUAUUAUGGCGACAGUCCC